AUGUCUCCCAUUAGAAAACACAAGUCUGGAGCUCAGAAGAGAAAAGAAAAGGAACGACAAGAAGCAUUAACUCAUGAUAAGUAUUUUGGGGGAAACAAAAAGGAAGAAACAUCAGUUCAAAAUGUGGUGAAUGAUCAGGAAGAUGAGUAUAAUAAUGAACAACAUGAUGAACCCAUGAAUGCUCAUGAUAAUCAUGGUGAAGAAGAAAGAGAGCAUAUGAUUGACAUUGAGAAUGAAGAUCAACUCAUGGAUGAGGAAGAUAAUGAUAGUAUGGAUCAAGAUGUCCAAAAUGAAGAUUUCAAUGAGCAAAUUAACUUUCCUUUGAUUGUUGAUGACCCAGGUAAUUGGGAUAAGAUUGACUAUAAUAUCAGAGACUUUUUGGUUGAAAGAGGUCCUCAAAGAGACGAUGAUUACAAUUUUCCCAAAGAUAGUAGAGGCAGACAUUUUUCUUCAGAAAAUUUCUUUCGAUAUUUACCAAAUGGCCAGAAGCAAGAUCGGAAUUGGCUAGUGUAUUCAGAGUCUCUAGAUAGAAUAUUUUGCUUUUGUUGCAAGUUGUUUAAGAAGGACGAGCAGAAAAUUAAUUUGGGCAACAUAGCUGGUGUAGGAUACAAAGAUUGGAAGAACCUUGGUCGGAGGCUUAAGGAUCAUGAAACAAGUAAUGUGCAUGAUUAUUGUAUGAGUAGAUGGAUUGAAUUGAAAAAGAGACUACAAAAGAAUCAGACAAUUGAUAAAAGCUGGCAAGAACAGAUUGCGAAAGAUAAAGAGCAUUGGAGACAAAAGCUUUAUGUGGAGAAUAAUGGAAUUUUUUUGCAAAUGAUUGAGAUGCUUGCUGAAUUUGAUCUAAUAAUGCAAGAGCAUGUUCGACGCAUUCAAAGUCAUCAGACACACUACCAUUAUCUCAGUCAUAGAAUUCAAAAUGAAAUGAUACAAAUGUUAAUUACAAAUGCAUUGAGCACUCUUCAACUUGAUAUUGAUGAUAUAAGAGGACAAGGAUAUGACAAUGGAGCUAAUAUGAAAGGAAAACACAAAGGUGUUCAAAAGAGGCUUCUUGAAGUAAAUCCUAAGGCAUUCUACACUCCAUGUGGUUGUCAUAGUCUCAAUCUUGCACUUUGUGAUAUGGCAAAUUGUUGUCCCAAAGCUAUGUCUUUUUUUGGACUGAUUCAAAGGAUAUAUUCAUUGUUUUCAUCAUCUACAAAGCAAUGGCAAGUUUUCAAAGAUUUUGUGGAUGGUCUUACAAUUAAGCCAUUGUCACAGACACGUUGGGAGAAUCAUGUUGAAAGUGUUAAACCCAUAAGAUUUCAAGCUCGUAAAAUAAGAGAUGCUUUAAUUCACUUGGCAAAAGUUAGUGAAGAUCCGAAGACAAAGAGUGAAGCUGAGUCAUUAGCAAUAUUUGAAAUGGAGAACUUUGAAUUCUUGCUUGGCAUGGUUAGCAAUACUGAGUCAUUAGCAAUAUCAUCUGCCAUCAAUACUGUUAGCAAAAUUCUUCAAACUGAAGACAUGCAUAUUGAUUUUGCCAUCACAGAACUAAAGAAACUUAUUUCUUCUCUUGAGAAUUUUAGAGAAAUUGGGUUUGAGGAGGCCAUGAUUGACGCUAAGAAGAUCGCGAAUGAAAUGGAGAUUGAAGCUGUAUUUCGUGAAAAGCGAGUCAUUCGGAGAAGGAGACAAUUUGAUGAGAGUGCUAGUAAAGAAGUGACACAAUCAGCUGAAGAAUCAUUCCGAGUUAAUUGCUUCACAUAUAUAGUUGAUCAAGCUCUUUCUUCACUUAGAACUCGGUUUGAACAGUUUCAAAAAUAUGAAGAACUUUUUGGGUUCUUAUUCAACGUAGAGAAGUUGAAGUGUUCAGAUAAUGAUAGCUUGAAGAAGUAUUGUGCUAAUCUUGAAACUUCUUUGACACAUGGCGGGAUCUCUAACAUUAAUGGGGAAGAACUAUAUUCAGAAUUGAAACAUCUAAAAGACACUUUACCAGAGGAGGCAAAAAGGGCAAUUGAAGUGUUGAAUUAUUUAAAAGAGAUGGAGAGUUGUUACCCAAAUGCCUGGAUUGCUUAUAGAAUUUUGUUGACUAUACUAGUCACAGUUGCUUCUGCAGAAAGAAGUUUCUCAAAGUUGAAAUUGAUCAAAUCUUAUCUUCGGUCAACCAUGUCACAAGAAAGAUUGAAUGAUUUAUCUAUGCUAUCUAUUGAAAAAAAUAUGGGAGAUAAACUUGAUUAUAACAACAUUAUUUGUACUUUCGCAGCUAAAAAUGCGAGAAGAGCAAGGUUUAAGUGA